AUGGCGGGCGGAUCAGCGCUACUGAGCCCUCCUCGAGGCGCCAGGGCCAAGCAAAUUGAAGCAGCAUCGAGAUCCAACUACCCUCAAUUGGCAGCAGAAGCACUUCGACAAGCCUCAGAGAGUGAUCGUCUUUUGCCGACUAUCCUCUACGCCUCGAACAAUCUCGAAGUUCCAUCACCCAAAAACAAUGCCCGCAGAAAAUCGAACCGUUCCAACAGAUCACGCAAGUCCAUUACAUUCAGAGGCUUGAGAGUCAAAACCGGUAUCCAGCCAGAGGGGGAGAGUGGCAGAUCUGGUUUCCACCCACACAAAAUGCUACCAAUCUGCUGGCGAUCCAGCAGUGAUGCUUCCCAGCUCUGCAACAUUCUUUGGCCCAUUGUCCCUGUAGCGGUAUCCAUCGACUACGUUCGAGGAGAUCUCCAUCUCGCGAUUUUCAUCCUGAAUUAUAUUGCCAUGGUACCGUGUGCGAAUGCCAUUGGCUUUGCUGGCCAGGAAAUGGCGAGAAAGUUGCACAAAGUCUUUGGUGUUCUGCUCGAGACAACUCUAGGAUCUGUGGUUGAAAUUGUCAUGUUCAUGGUGUUGGUCCGCAAUGAGCAAUUUCAAGUCAUCCAAGCUGCAAUCCUCGGUUCGGUACUGGCCACUCAACUUCUUUGUCUUGGUAUGUGUUUCAUGAUCGGUGGUCUCCGUCAUGAAGAGCAGGAGUUUGAUGAAGAGGUUGGCGAGGUUGGAAGUGAUUUGCUCCUCACGGCUGGAUUUGGUCUUAUAAUCCCAACUGUCUUUCAUGCUGCUGUCAGUGCUGAAGGUAGUGCCACAAAAGCCGAAAUCGACGAUAAAGUUCUUCACAUUUCCCGGAUUACAUCUUUACUUCUAAUCAGCUCCUACGUAAUUUAUGUCUGGUUCCAGAUGCGUACUCAUGCGAGCAUCUACGAUGCCAUAUUUGAGGCUGACGAGGAGCGAGACACCGAUCGCGAGGAGGAUCUUUCGAAAGACAAGCUGACGUUCACGGAGUGCGUUGUGGCACUCGUCGUUUCGAUCACUCUCGUCGCUGUUAUUGCGAUCAACCUUGUUGAAGAAAUUGAAUACAUCGUUGAAGAGCGCGGUGUGUCGGAUAUGUUUAUUGGCUUGAUUUUGGUGCCGUUGGUUGAGAAGUUCGCCGAGCAUUUGACUGCUAUCGAUGAAGCCUGGGACAACCAAAUGAACUUAGCACUUGCCCAUGUUCUUGGUGCCACUAUCCAGACCUCGCUGUUCAAUGGACCAUUGGUUGUUCUUGUUGGCUGGGGGCUGGGGCUUUCUAUGGAUCUCAAUCUCGAUAUCUUCAACAUCGUCGUCCUGAUCCUUGCUAUUCUUGUGGUUGGAAACUUUCUGCGAGACCAGAAGUCAAACUAUCUCGAAGGAUCCCUCUGUGUCACAGUGUAUCUGAACAUCGCAGUGGCAGCCUUCUAUUAUCCGAAUCCAAAAUGA